GGCCUAAUAUUAUGCAGUAGCAGAGUAUUUUUCCUAGUCUAAGAAUCAUUGAGCAUACAAACAAACUCUAUGGUUAUUCAAGGUUUGAUUUGUGGCUACAUCAGUCUUGAUUUGUUCUGUGGUGGGUGCUUUACUGUCUGGUCUGGACCAUCUAAGUGCAAUUACUUUCUAAGUUGUGUACAGGAUCAGUUAGUUUGAUGAUUUUGAUAGGAGGGUAAUCAUGGAUUUUCGUUUCUUUUGGGGGCAUAUAUUUAACUGUGCCAACCUUUCACAAUCUUAGCCACAUUUGUGCUAAAUUUUUUAGAAGUCACCGUGAUUUAUAUGACAGUGAAAAUAUUUUGGGUAUCAUUAACCUGUCUUGUUUUUCAGGAUUUAGUUCUUCUGCUUCUAACGUCUGGAAGAGAUCCUGGUAUAAUUCCACGUAACCAGCGCCCUCCUGAACCUGAAGGAUUUGACAGCAAUGCAGAUUCUGGGCGUGGCCAAACUCCACAGUUACUGUUACCACGCAUUAAAGAAGUGGAAGCUAAUGGGAUCACUGUGAAGAGCGAGUAUUGUGAUACUUGCAUGCUUUAUAGACCUCCUCGCUGCUCUCACUGUUCAAUCUGCAACAAUUGUGUUCAACGAUUUGAUCAUCACUAUCCUUUGCUUGGGCAAUGUAUUGGACUGCGAAACUAUCGGUUCUUCUUCAUGUUUGUCUUCUCAACAACUCUUCUCUGUAUAUAUGUUUUUGCUUUCUGCUGGAUCUACAUCAGAAGGAUCACGGGCUCAGAGGAGUUAACAAUUUGGAAAGCGAUGAUUAAAACCCCUGCUUCCAUAGUUCUGAUAGUCUAUACUUUCAUAGCAAUGUGGUUUGUCGGUGGUCUGACUGCUUUCCAUUUGUAUCUGAUCAGUACAAAUCAGACCACAGAUGAGAAUUUUAGAUAUAGGUAUGAUUGUGGAGCCAACCCGUAUAACAAAGGAGUGGUUGAAAACUUCAAGGAGAUAUUUUGCCCUAGCAUUCCUCCAUCCAACAACAAUUUCAGGGCUAAGGUGCAGAGAGUAACGCAGAUGGUAUAAACAGGUAACAAUAGAUGGAUCAUGGAUGUCACACCAUUCAUCUUCUUAAUUAAAGAUGGAUCAAUAAAGUUGAGGUGGAGCA